AGGCCGGCCAGGAAAACCGCAAUCCGUGGAUUACCGUCGUAGCGAAUACAUCGAGCAAACUCUUUCAAGCCGCAUAGCCGAGCCUCCCGGAUGGCCUAGUGGUAUUAGCAGCGGCCGCUCCAAUACAUUACUGCAUGUCACAGAUUAUGAUGGAAAGAACCCCAUUCGAUUUGGACCCGGUGCUGGAAAAUUCUGUGGAUAUCCAAGAACUUUUCAACAAUUCCACACAGGUGAAUGACGAGACGCUGGAGAAACUCAUUCUGGAUAUAAAAUCUAAUGACAUUGUCCAGAGCGUGUCUGGAAACGAAGCCUUCACCACGCUGGUAAACGCUGCCCCGGUCACCGUGCAGACCCAGGCCGUGCCUGACCAGGCCCUGAUCGCACAGCUCAGCCGGUACGAAAACUUGGAAUUUGUGCUUAAUCCGGACCAGGUCUCCUCGUGUUUACAGUCGGUCAGAGAAACUCUUCACUCCACGGGGUCAGUGAGUUCUGAAGGUGAGCUGGAAAAUUCCCUGUCCGGAUCUAACGAGGAUUCGGAUAGCUCCGAUCAGGAUAUCUCUUCCUUUGUGACCCCACCCCCUAGUCCUAUGGACGUAGAUUAUACCCCUCGCCCCCGGGGACGACCAGGUAGGAAACCCUCAGCUGGCGGACCGGUGAAAAAGAAGAGGCAGCCAGAAAAAGGUACCCGUGAAUAUUUCGAAAAGAGAGCGAGAAAUAAUCUUGCAAUUCGCAAAUGUCGUGAAAAGGCUAAGCUGAAGCAGGUGGAAAUGGAAAAUCGCCUGCAGUAUCUAGAAUCGGAAAACAUGCAGCUAAAAGGUAAACUGGACAAUGUUACAAAGCAGCUUGAACUAUUGAAAGACUUUGUGAUCUCAAAUGGUGCCAAUCUCCCAGAAAACAUUGCAAAAGUCGCGAAGAGCUGACCAGGGGUACAUUGGCUCAUGUGAUAGCUGUCGCUAGGCUGACCAAUGACUUAACAGACAAUCAAGCAGUGUUUUGCAUUUGUGAUGCUACAUACCAUUGACUUUUUCAGUCAUCAUUCGUAUUGAUUUAUCAUGUCAAGCGGUAUACCAGUGUACUCAGUAUUUAUCUGAGAAAUUAAUUUUCGUCUUCAUUUUCAUUGUUUUGUUCACAAAUGCACAGUAUUCUCUUCUUACAGUUGAAUGUUCUUAUGUCACUGAUGAAUUAUCUCUGAGAUGGCAAGCAAUUUUCAUAUCAUUUUACAUAUUUCGUGCAUGCAGUCAACCCGAAAACUGCCCUACAUUUUAACCCGACCAAAAACCACCCUCAAUCCUCGUCACGAUUUUACUCUGUUCAAAGAGUGCAGUCAUGCGAGGGCCAUUCAAUACCGCCCUUUAAAACACCACCGGAUCGAUGGUGUCGAUUUCUGUGUGAUUAUUUAGGACGUUCUCCUCUGAAAACAAAUGCUUUAAAAAAAUACACAACCCCCGGGUGUUAGUUACGGGUCUGACUGCACGCCCCGUCUUGUGUCUGACAUGGCUAUGACUUUAAUCAUUCAUCUACCCGGUAGCUGCGAGCAGUUCCACCUUUUACUUAUUGUAUAUAAAUAUAUUUUUUACACGUUUCAGUAGAACUGAAUUUGGUAUGAUUAUUAAACUGAUGGUCCUACAUCUACUGUCUUGAUACAGUGGACUGUAAGGCGCAUGUUAAUAAACUGUUCAAAAAUAUAAA